UACCGAAUCGGCGGUCCGGGGGAGGAGGAGGCCGGGCAAGGAAAACACCAACACGUCAACCAGAUGGAGGGAAGAACACACUGAGGGAGGAGCACAGGAGAACAGGACAAGGUAAUGGCAGAAGAGUGACAAACAGCGAAAAGUGAGACCGAAGAGAGCAAGGAGAAGCCGGGACGAGCAGCAGGACAGGAAGAAGAGGUGGAGGAGGAGGAGGACGAGGUCAUAACUGGUAGCAGGUGACCCAAGAUUUUUAGAACGAGAAACAAGAAGGAAAAUAACACAAAAGAAGAAGAAAUAGCGUAAAAAAAGAGCCAUUACCAAGAUCUCUCACGUCAUUUGAAGGACAAGAAGAAGAGGUGGAGGAGGAGGAGGACGAGGUCAUAACUGGUAGCAGGUGACCCAAGAUUUUAAGAACGAGAAACAAGAAGGAAAAUAACGGAGAAGAAGAAGAAAUAACGUAAAAAAAGAGCCAUUACCAAGAUCUCUCACGUCAUUCGAAGGACAGGAAGAGGUGGAGGAGGAGGAGGACGAGGUCAUAACAGGUAGCAGGUGACCCAAGAUUUUAAGAACGAGAAACAAGAAGGAAAAUAACGGAGAAGAAGAAAUAACGUAAAAAAAGAGCCAUUACCAAGAUCUCUCACGUCAUUCGAAGGACAAGAAGAAGAGGAGGAGGAGGAGGAGGAUGAGGUCAUAACAGGUAGCAGGUGACCCUAGAUUUUUAGAACGAGAAACAAGAAGAAAAAUAACAGAAAAGAAGAAGAAAUAAUGUACAAAAAAGCCAUUACCAAGGUCUCUCACGUCAAUUGAAGACCAGGAAAGGAGGAGGAGGACGAGAAUAGGUACAGGUGACCCUAGAUUUGAAGAACGAGAAAAGGAAGUAAAAUAACAGAAAAGAAGAAGAAAUAACGCACAAAAGAGCCAUUAACAAGAUCUCUCACACCAUUAGGAAGACAGGAAGAAGUGGAGGAGGAGGAGGACGAGGCCAGAACAGGUAGCAAGUGACCCAAGAUUUUAAGGAGAAAGAAAAGCACAAAAACAGAAAAAAGAAGAAACGACGCAAAAACAAGCCAUUACCUAGGUCUCCCACGCUUACUAUUAAACUGCAGGACUGGACUCGAGGCGGGAAGGAGAAACAAAGGCAAAAGAACCUAAAAAGAAGAAAUAAUGCAAAAAGGAGACAUUACCAAGGUGUUCCACUCCUAGUAGAUUGAACUGGACAUGCCAAAAAGUGAAGGAAACGAAGGAAAAAGAGAUUGGUGAAGUAUCCAAGUGUGAAGAAUCAGUGAGAACCUUAGAAGUGGUAGAAAGCAGAACAGAUCACAAGAAGAAGAAAUAAAGGAAGACAACAAAGAAGAAUUAGAAGGAAGGAAAGAGGAGGACCUACAAACAUAUCCAAAGCCAUUUUAACCACAAGAAAAAAGGUGCAAAGAGAGAUUAACUAGACAAAAAAAAAAAAGAAAAGAAAAGAAAAGAACAAGGGAAAUAAUAAUAACACCCCACUUUGUAGGUACAUUUUCUAAGGCUAUACCUUUGCAAAUGAAGGAGUGAGGAGGGGAGAGAAGUGUGAUAAGGUGUUGAUGUAAUGAUGCUGUAAGUCAGGAGGCAGCUGAACCACACAUCUGUCACUACCACACCUGUCCAUCACUUCUACACCCAUCACCAUCACAUCUGUCCAUCAGCACACUCAACACCACCAUUACUGUCACCACCACACCCAUCAUCAUCACACAUCUGACACCACCACAUCUGUCAAUCAAGCCCAUCACUACCCCAACCCCUCACCACAACAUCUUUCACCACCACACCCAUCACCAGCGAGGGAGAGCACCAUGGCCAUGUACCUGUGUUGCUUUAGGCAGCUGUGUGGCGCGGCGCCCCACCCCACACUGCCCACCAGGACCACGCCCACCAUCAUCCUGGACACGGGAUACAUGGGUCAUGAGGUUGUAAUAGUGAAGAAUGGAGUGCGGAUUUGUGGUACUGGCGGUGCGCUGGGCAACAUACCCAUCCUGCAGAACAAGGCCUACUUUGAGGUGAAGCUACAGCAGUCAGGUGUGUGGGGCGUGGGCAUAGCGACGCGCAACACCAAUCUCAACAAAGUGCCCCUGGGGGAGGAUGCGCAGUCAUGGGUGUUGUGUUCCGACGGGGCGGUGCGGCACAACGGUGAAGAGAAGUACAAGAUUGCUGACAUCCCGCAGGAGGGUGACAUUCUGGGUGUGAGCUAUGACCACGUGGAGCUUAACUUCUUCAUCAAUAGCAAACCCACCAACACACCCGUCACCAGCUUCAAGGGGACCGUCUAUCCCGCCCUCUAUGUUGAUGACGGGGCAAUCAUGGACGUAACCUUCGAGAACUUCAGCUACGGGCCGCCGCCAGGCUACGACUCCAUCAUGGUGGAGAAGUCGCUGCUGGAGAACGACUAAGAGUGCUCCACCAUGUCCUCCCGGGCUGUUCCUCCACCACCACCAUUACUGUCGUCCUCUCCCUUAUCUCAUUGUUUUAGUGAUGGAAUGGGUGAUAUUUUUUUUUCUAUCCUUUCAUCACCACUAAUACUGCACAUCAUCACCAGUACAUAUAGUCCAUCACCACCAGUACUGCUCCUCAUCACCAUUACGGGCUGCUGUUAUAGUGGGAGUGACAAUGGUGAGGUUUUUCAAAGUUUUCCACCCCCGUCAACACCACCACUACCGUCACCAUCAGUUCUUCCUUUGAUAGUGGUGAUGGUGAGGUGGGGGAUGACUUAACACUUUACCCAACACCACCAUGACUAACUACUGUGGUGUUGAUGGUGCUGGUAAGCUUAAUGAUGGAUUUACACCUUGCCCAAUACAAUACACCCUGCCCCCUCCUUCAUUUUCUUAAUCUCUCUACAUGUAUCAAUAAUCCUCCACAUCAGUAACGAGAUAAUUUCAUAGUUUUGCUUAGCUUUUUCUAUCGAUGACGAGAAAUAAAAAUAGACCCUUAGACAGUCACCAACCAUCGAGUCUGUGUGGUCUGAAUAUCUAUGUAAGUCUAUGUAUAAACGCCAGAACAAGGAGGAAGAGGAUAGGGUUUAGGGGAUGGGUUGGCUCGCGGCAUCUAUAGCUAACCCUCAUGUAGCAGUGCUGGUGGUGUUACUGAUGAGGGUGAAAUGGAUUACUUAAUUACUGCUAACCCCCCACAGACUGUUCUCUAAAGUGUCUUGCCUAUAAGUGUUCGUGUAACAGAGGAGAGUCAUUGUUCGUAUACACUCUGCCGAAGACGAAUAUAUACACUACGUACUAACAAA